AUAUUUCGAUAAACAAAAAGCUGCAGAUAUCUCGAUAAACAAAAACUUGUGGACGUUGCUAGCCGUCGCUACGUUUGCACUGCAAGCCUUUUGGAGGCAUGACAAACACCAAUACUUCAUCGCAGUCGUCGUCAACCCGCAGAGCUUCUUCUUUCCUCCCCCCCGUUCUCAACUUCCUUGGUCAAAGCGCGCCUCGGAAUCCCGCCAGUUCAAGCUCAUUGCCAUCUUCCAACAUGUCACAUCCCACCAAUAUUAGCGGUUCUCCACCUGUACGUGUAAAAACUCUUCGUAACAAGCCUCCCGACUACCUUGCCGACUCGCCACUUGGAUUGCCUUUCGGCGUUGACUGUGCUCCAAGAAGCUCAACCGCAGAACGAAAAUCUCCUCUCUUUACUUCCCUGCCAGCAUCGGCGUUCAUAAGUACCGAGUCACGGCAUUCCAAUGGAGAACUGGCAAAGGCACUAGGCGACUGCGACACAUCUCCGUCAGAAAAAAAGCCAUCAAAAGCCAUUAAUCUGCCAACCCAGUGGAGUAACAAAGACAAGAGCCCAUCACUGGAAUUGUCAGCAACGAGCUUGAGAGUUACAUAUACAGGUCCUGGACAGACUGAUGCACAUGCGGCAGCAGUGAGAACCAAUCAUCCCAUCCCACCACAGUGUGGUUUAUUCUAUUAUGAGGUCACGAUUAUCAGCAAAGGAAGAGAUGGCUAUAUCGGUGUAGGACUCUGUGCACAAAACGUUCCGUUAAAUCGCUUACCAGGAUGGGAGGAUAACUCUUGGGGAUACCAUGGGGAUGAUGGACACUCGUUUUGCUGCUCAGGGACUGGGAAGGCAUAUGGUCCCAUCUUUACAACCGGUGAUAUCAUCGGAUGUGUUAUCAACUUUAUGAGCAAGACUGUCUCGUUCACCAAAAACGGGGUAUGGCUAGGAGUGGCGUUUAAGAACGUUGUCGAUCAUGGAAAGAGUGAUGGAGCACUAUAUCCAUCAGUGGGACUCCGAACACCGGGAGAAAUUGUGGAGGCAAACUUUGGACAACGAAAAUUCAAGUUCGAUAUUGAACAUCAUUACAAGGAAGAGAAGGCAAGGUUGUGGCACUCCGUGAAUGCUGCACCGCUUCCCUCCCUGCCGACUACCGACAUUCCACAAGAUUCGUCAGACUCAGGGCUAAAAGGCCAAAGACGCGACGGGUCAACUGACAUCAAUGAGCUCAUCCUUGCAUAUCUAAUACAUCACGGAUUUUGCGAAACAGCUGCUACAUUCCAUGGGAAUGCGAUCGUGGGGCGAUCAAGUUCUUCUUCUACAUCCGGACACGUAUCGGAGAGCAACAAAAGGAUGAUGGUUGACGACGAUGUUUUCAGCAAAGAUGAUAUUCGUCAACGACAAAUGAUUCGUGCUCAGGUUUUGAAUGGCGAUAUGGAUGAAGCCAUCAACCUGAUCAAGUCAUUCUAUCCAUCAAUACUACCCCAAAACCAACAUCUCGACUUCCAGCUUCGCAGUCAGAAGUUUGUUGAAAUGAUACGAGCUUUAUCGGGGACACCUGAAGCUCGGUUGGAUGACGGCAGAAACGCAAUGGAUGUAGAUGCUGAUGAUACGGCUGCCAGUGGUAGCGCAGCCUCGUCACAUAUGCCAGCCGACUCAAUGAGGGAUGUAGUACAGUUUGGACAAGACUUGCAAAAGGAGUUUGGGUCCAGCGAAAGCGAAGAAGUCCGAAAUGCACUUGUGGAAACUUAUUCCCUAGUGGCGUAUUCAGAACCCGCAACGAGUCCUGUUGCCUAUCUAUUGGAUCCUUCGAAUCGAAUCCUUGUGGCUGAUGCUGUCAACAGUGCCAUACUUGUUUCACAACAUCGGCCUGCCGUUCCAGCCAUUGAAAAUAUAUAUCGACAGACGUGCGUGGCAGUGCAAGAGUUGGUAAGGGCGGGAAAUGGUGCUGCUGCAUUUAUCAAUGUCGAGAAGGAGUGUCUGCUAUGAUGAACUGUUGAAGAAAAGUUUGUACAUAGUGCGGAGUUGACUGGUGUAGUAGCUAGUGCCAGUUUCUGUCACCUCUACACUAUUCGGGUCGUACUGGAAUCUAAUACGAGAUGCGCAAAACUGCUUCCAAACACUA